AUGUCUUCAGAUUCCAAGACCAUCAUACAGGCUUUGCAGCCAUUAUUGCAGCGUCAGAUCAAAUCCCCACACCCAUACGUGCCAAAUCCUCCAGGUUGCAGAAAGCGCGCCUCCGUGGCUGUCAUCAUACGUGUUCGCCCUCCUUUCAAGCCAGUGCCUGCGCCCAAUGAAUCAGUCGUCGAUGUUGGUACAACCGAGUCACCGGCCACCACACUAGAGGAGUUUUUUGCGAAAGCAUGGGUCCAGGACGGAGACCCGGAAGUGUUGUUCAUCAAACGUGCGGGCAGAGCAGGCGAUCGCUGGUCUGGACACACAGCGUUGCCCGGAGGCAAACGUGAUCCAGAGGAUCCAGAUGAUGUGGCUGCCGCCAUUCGUGAGACGCGAGAAGAGAUCGGGUUGGACCUGACGACAGCACUCGCCGCCGGAAAUCUACCUGAACGAAUCGUUGCGACCACAUGGGGCAAGGAAGCUCUCAUGGUGCUAUGUCCAUUUGUCUUUGUGCUGCCAUCUCAUGAACCACCCAAGCUCUUGCCGCAGCCCACAGAAGUUGCAAGUGUGCACUGGGUACCACUUCGUGCGCUUCUUUCUCCCUCGCUUCGGACUCUCGAGUAUGUGGACAUCUCGAGUCGUAUGGCGAAACAAGGAGGGCCAGCCUUACGUUACCUGCUACGAGCAUUGAUGGGCAAGAUGGUUUUCUCCGCCAUCAAGUUGGUCCCGUCAGAAAGCGUCUUUGCCUCCUCGAUAGCGGGCUUCAUCCCUGAACACAGCAAGCCGCAGACUGUGUCAGGCUGGGCUCAAGCGCCGUUCGGUGUGCCGGAAUCUUCCCAGUCUCUGGCACACCAGCAACCAAUUCUGCUGUGGGGCUUGACACUGGGAGUUCUGGCAGACUUCCUCGACAUGCUGCCACCAUACAACGCUGUUGCUCUGUGGAGAUAUCCAACAUUCACAGUCCCGGAUCUGAAGCUGCUUGUGUGGCUGUUUACGCGCAACAUUCGCAAGAACAAUGCAGGCGAUCUUUCAGCUGGGACAUGGCCAAGCAACACUGCUACAGAUGCUCAGACCCAAGCCACCGCUGUAGUGACUGAAGGCGAGCCGACUAAAUUAGCGACCCAGGAGCAUGACCAGAAUACUGUAGGCAUCAGCGGGUUGGGCGUUGGGUCGAGAACAAACGAUGCUCUUUCGAGACUUCUGGUUGGCUACUAUGAUCAUAUCAACGUCGCUCUGGCGGUGUUUUUCGUUUACCGAGCGUUACUUGGGACAACCGCAGCAGUGUGGCUGUACCGGACAUGGAGGCGAAGGAGAACAGGCAAACUAUGA